AUGGACUUGGCGGAGUGGUGGCAGUUGAGCAAGGCGGUUGUGCAAGAGGCGGAGAGUCGAGACGAGGCGUACAGGUUAAUACUGUGCUGGGUGUGGGUAUGGGCUUGUGCGGCGCGGGGCGGGGCGGCGCGCACGCCGGUGCUGAACACGCCGCAGGGCCGGCUGCGCGGUGUGCUCGGGCCCGCCGGCCAGCGCCGCUACUACGGCAUACCCUACGCCACGGCCGGCAGAUUUCAGGCUCCAAGAGUGGCGCCGCCAUGGAGCGGUGUGCUGGAGGCGGUAGAUCGCUUCCGCAGUUGUCCUCAGAUGCUCUUCUCCGCGGUGGUGGGCACGGAAGAGUGCCUAGUGCUGGACGUGCACGCGCCGUCGGGGGCACGCCCGGCACGUAGCCUGCCAGUCAUGGUAUUCAUCCACGGUGGCGCCUACUACUAUGGCACGCGGGCGCACUACGACCCAGAGUAUUUGGUAGCCAAGGACGUGAUCGUCGUCGUGAUAAACUACAGGCUGAAUGUACUCGGUUUUCUCUGCGCGAAUGGGGUUUCCAACCUCGGGUUACGGGACCAGGUGGCAGCGCUGCGCUGGGUGCGGCAGAACAUUGCGGCGUUCGGCGGCGCGCCCAGCGAUGUAACGCUAUGCGGACAGAGCGCGGGCGCCGCCGCCGCUACCAUGCACUUGGUGUCGCGCGCCAGCCGCGGCCUGUUCCACAAGGUCAUCGCAAUGAGCGGCUCGCUGCUCGCGCCCUGGGCGUUUAACUUAGAUCCUCUCGCGCCUGCCCUCGACGAUGCACGGAAACUCGCGCCCGUCAACACCGAGCGAGAUAUCUACGAAGCACCUCCGUAG